GAAACUCAGGACCAGAAAGAUGGUUCAGUUAAACAAGCACACACUUAAGUAAAUUUUGGAAGACUGCCUAACCCACUAAUGGCGACUCUAUAAAACUGGACGAAGAAACACAGUUGCAGAACACAAUGAACUGAGCUGCCAUUACAUCACGAAAAAUGGAAUCGAAAGAGGGAAUAGAGACUUCGAGGAGAAGGCAUAUCAGGGAGCCACCUUCAGUUCCAUUUCUCUGGGAAGAUAGGCCAGGGAUAGCCAAGAAGGGUUGGAAGCCUGAGGUUGCUCCUCCUGUGGUCACGCCGCUUCCAUCAUUGCCGCCAGUCAAGCUCAUCGCUUCAGUUCCCUUUAAAUGGGAAGAAAGGCCCGGGACUCCACUGUCCCGUUUCUCGCAGCCAUCAUCACUCGACGACGAGGGGAAACUUGCUUCGCAAGUAAAGGUGCUUCCUUUACCACCAGCUCUGAUGUACUCAGAAGCAGAUACUAAGAAUGUUGAUGAUGAUGACUGGUACCUGAGAUCACCGUCAUCUCUGUUUGGGAAUUGCCUGAUGUCAUCAGCGGCAGUUUCUGCUGCUGUUCCGGUCAUCGACAGUGCUUUCUCGAUGGAUGAGCAGUGGGAAACGCCGGCAUCGCCAGCUUAUGAAAGUGACAGCAGUACCAGUAGUUAUGCAACUGGGAGGUCGAGCCUUGUGGGGUCUUCGUUCUUGGAAUGCUUGUUUCCGUUAUAUAAAGCAGCUUCUGGUUCUCAUGAGGAGGAGACAGAUCUGAAGAAUGGUUCUUCCACUCCUCCGCUGGAGCUCACCGGCAGAGAUAUAGUAGAUCAAGGAAGUAGCGAUUGUGCGCUAGUAGUAAGGAAGCCGCCAACACUUGGAGAACUGAUAAUGAUGAGCAGGAGGAGGAGCGUUCAGAGGAAAGCAAAUCAAAUGAGGCUACAGAAUCCAUCAAUGGAACUCAUGAAGGGGCAACCUUUCAAAUGCUGCGUCUUUGGAACCGGCAUUAAGAUGAUAGAUAGGCUGCAGAAGAAGAUGCACCAUACAAGACUGGCCCUCCUGUAGUUCUGGUUUCUUGCUCCUAAGAAGCCUGCAUUCAACUAUCUGUGUGAACUUUCUAAGCAAUCCCACUGUUGUGCUGUCAGUUAAGUUUCAGUUUCAAUAUUUCAUACUGCUAGUGAAUCCUCCAAUUCCUGUAAAAGCAUGCAAAGAAGAUACAACUUUCAGGAGUAGGCUACUUCCUGAACCAAGUCACAAGCCCUGCUAUUCCAAGUAGAAGUUUGUUGUAAACUUUGAUCUGUUAUUCCCUUGGAUGAUUCUACGAUGAUCUUGAAGGU